GCUCGCACCAGCCAUGUCGACCGGGCGCCUGUGUGCACUGCUGCUGCUGGCGGCCGCGGCGGGAGCCAUACAGAGCGGCGAGGAGCUGGUGUCGGCCGUGCUGGACGACUGCCUGCUCGGCCGAGACUCCCAGCCGCCCAUGCGGUGUCUGCGCGUCAAGGUGCUCUCCUACCUGGACACGCUCUCCGGGGCCGACGGGGCGCGAGCCCUCCCCCCGGCUGAGGACUCGGACCUGGACGAGCAGAUCCUGGCGCGCGUCUCGCGCUACCUGCGCCAGCACGAGUUCCGCCUGCAGCUGCCGGACUUCCUGUUCCAGCGCGCCGAGCUGAGGUUCCGACCCGCGCGGGGGCUGUCCGGCCUGGAGCUGCAGUUCCCGCGGGAAGACCCCGCCGAGGACCGCGCCCUAGCCUCAGCCCGUGGCAUGCUCAAGAAGAAGCUGCUGUUGCCCGUGCUGCUGCUGCUGAAGCUGAAGAUGAAGGCGCUGACUCCGCUGCUGCUGGCGCUGGUCGGCAUGAAGGCGCUGAAGGCGCUGGUUCUCAGCAAGCUGGCCAUCAUGAUGGUGGUGGGCUUCAUGGUGAGCCAGCUGCUGAAGAAGACGGGCAUGCCCAUGCCCAUGGCGAUGCCCAUGAGCAUGAUGCCCGGGGACCAGUACGGCGCGCCCGCCGCCACGCCGCCGGCGCCCAUGCCCUACGGCGCGCCCCCCGCCUCCGUGUCCACGCAGCCGUCCUCGUCCUACGAGCCCGGCUGGGACAGCAGCUCGGGACCCUACUCGCGCGUGUGGGACCCCCAGCAGGCCGCCUACAGCGCGCACAGCCCGGCGCAGCUCCGCCGCUAGCUCCAGCCCCGCCCCUGGCCGGCGCGCGGGAAGCCGCGGAGGAAACCAGCCACACCGUCUAGUCUCCCGUAUCUUCACGACGCCACCCACAACCGGCUCCACCAUAACUUAUUGUCGUAUUUAUUGUUAACAGUACAAAAUAAAUAUUUAACAAAGCUGACCAAAGAACAAAUAAAAAUAUUUUGAUUAAAA